UCACUCUACUAGUUCAAUAUAUAAGUGAAGCCCCAGAAAUGGAUAACCGUCUGGCUAGGGCAUUGCGUCGACUUUCUUGUCAUCAAAGCGGAUUGCCUUUAUUGCUUGAAAUGAAUUUUCAACGAAUUAUUAUUUCGAGGCUUAUAAGAAGGAAUUGCUUAUUAAAUCGUUAUGCCCGCCCAUGUGGUCGUUGUGACGUGCGCCGAGAUUUUGGACGUUUACUUUUGUCUGAUCACGCCUUACUAGCCGAUUCUAGAAUGGGGGAAUAUAUUCUACUUACAACACAAAUGGACCCAACUAAAAAUCUUUUGGAUUCUACGGAUGAGGAAAAUAAAAGAAUUUAUACAUUAAUGGCUGCAGUGAUUUUAAUUCGCCAGCCUGAACGCAGAUCUCGUUUCUUUUUAAAAUUUCGGCCAAUUGAAGCUAUUUUUGAUGUAUUUGGAGAUUUGUUGCGGAAAUGUGCGCAAAAUGAAAUUUCACUUGAAGACGGCACUAAAGAGGCAACUCUAUGUUGUGAUAUAAUAGCUACAUUAGCCUGUAUAUUCCCCCACCAACUCUUGGAAUCCUCUACAACAUCAAUUAGCAAUUUUAUACCUAUUGAAGCUUCGAAAAACGACCAAAAAUGUCUUUUACUUGGAAAAAAUUUUGAAAAUUCAACAGAAGAAAUUCUCAACUUUCGUAAUAGUAAAGGACAACAUUUAUUGACGGUGUUAAAAGAAGACUUGUGCAAUUUUAAUGAAUAUUUUUCGGGAAUGUUUGGAAGCGAAUUUAUUCAGAAACUUGAAUAUAAAGACCAAUUUAUUUUUGAUUCGGAAGAGGAAAAUUGUUGUUGUUCACAAGAGGAUUUUAUUAAAUUUUUGCAUUUUUCAAUUGGCUGUCCUUUUGGCAUUGAUUGUACUCUUGUGGAUGAUGCACAAACAUGCGCAUCAUUGCUUUAUUUAGCCGAUAAAUACCUUUGCACUCGCCUUUUAAAUUUUUUAUUGGAAAGGGGCUUGGCAGCUCGUUUAAUUACUGGACAAACUCUUCCCAUCUUUCUACCCUUGGUACUUGCAAUUCCAACGUUAGCUUAUGGAGGAGGUUUAAAGGAUAUUUGUAUGUUAGCCCUUCUGCAAUAUUCAAAUAAUUCAGAACUUCUCUACACUCUCAGGCAUAUUUCAAAAUGUGAUUCGGGUAAAUCAAAGACAAAAGCGAUCGAUUCUUUAUUAGAAAUGCUACAUUCUUUUAUAAUUUGCCUUGGUCAGGGAUCGGAUAUUGCUUAA